AUGCUCCUCUUCUUGAAAUCUACAUAUGGGAAAGUAAAGCAAUACCCUGAAGAAGAACAAGAUGAGAAAAACAAGAAGAUUAAUGAAACAUGCUGCUGCACAUCCCUAACUGUUUGGAGAAAAUCACUUCUCUUCAGCUGCAAAGGUUUCACUGUUAUUGGUUCUGAUGGCAGUUUACUCUAUAGAGUUGAUAAUUACACUGGACAUCCUAAUCAAAUCAUUCUCAUGGAUGGCUCCGGAAAUCCCAUUUUCACUAUCUGUAAACACAAGAAACUCAGGCUAGUAGACAACUGGCGGAUCUACGAAGGAGAAGUUGGCGAGGAUUGUAGCAUUAAGACAACAUCCAAGAAACCUAUUUACAGUGUGAAGAAAAACCUCAACAUAAUACAAACAAAUCUAAAUGUUCUUGCUUAUGUUAACGGUGGAAUGUCUGAUAAGAGAUACGCAUACAUGAUUCAAGGGUCAUACGCAAAUCGAUCCUGCAGAAUUUUGGAUGAUUCAAGAAAGGUUGUAGCAGAGAUCAAGAAGAAGGAGGCUACAAAUGGAGGUGUAUCUUAUGGUUUGGAGGUUUUUCUUUUGAUUGUACGCCCAGGAUUUGAUUCUAGAUUUGCUAUGGCCGUUGUAUUAUUGCUUGAUCAAAUGUUUUCUUGA